AUGGGUUCCAAUAGUCCCUCGAGCUUUCCUAGAUCCUUCACAUACCUCAUGAACCAAACCGAUACACCUCAAACACCUCCGUUUUGUACCCAAUCACCUUCGUUUAGUACCCAAACACCUCUCUUUGGUACCCAAACUCCUCUGUUUAGUACACAGACACCUCUCUUCGGUGACCAAACUCCUCUCUUUAGUACCCAAACUAGCUCCACAGCAGAUGACGCUGAUGGUGUAGAUGAGAGCUCACCAUUGCCUACACGGGAAGCGAGAAGAAGAUGGACAAACGCAGAAGAUGGGGCGCUGGUGACCGCGUGGUUAAACACCAGCAAAGAUGGCGUCAUUGCAAAUGAAGAGAAAGCUCGCGUUUUGGAAACGGGUUUGCAACUACUAUCAUGGGUGUACUGCGGUGAAGGACUUCCCUCCUCGCAUGUGGAAUACUUGCAAGCAGAGAUGGACGAAAAUAAACAAAGAAGUGCAGUUGUUUUGCGGAUGCUUUGA